AUGUUAUCUCUAAAUAAGGACAAAGCUCCAGGCCCUGAUGACUACAAUGCCAUGUUCUUCCACCAAGCAUGGAGCAUUGUAGGUAAUUUAACAAUUAAGGCCAUCUCUGAGUUUUUCAGGAAUGGUAAGCUGCUAGGUGAAGCUAACUCUACAUACAUUUCCCUUGUCCCAAAGUGUCAAAACCCCUCCACCAUUAAUGAUUACAGACCUAUCUCAUGCUGCAACACCAUCUACAAAUGUAUCUCAAAGCUUUUAGCUAAUAAGUUACAACUGGUUCUCCCUCACAUCAUUGAUCACACCCAAACAGCCUUUGUUCAAGGCAGGAAGAUUACUGACUCAGUAUUACUCACUCAUGAGCUAUUGAGAGUUAAAUGGGAGUUUACACUGGACUGUCUUUCCCAUCUCAACUUCCCUCCAAGAUUCAUCAAGCUAAUCCAAGCAUGCAUCACAUCCCCAUCCUUCACUGUUGCUAUUAAUGGAGAAUUCAAGGGGUUUUUCACAGGGAAAAGAGGCUUAAGACAAGGUGAUCCUAUUUCCCCAUUCCUAUUCGUCAUUAUCAUGGAUAUUUUUACUUCAACUGUUAAGAAUAUUAUCUCCAGAACCCCUAGAUUCAGAUACCAUUGGAGGUGCAAAGAGCUGGGUAUCACCCAUCUCUCAUUUGCAGAUGAUCUUUUUCUCUUUUGCCAUGGUGACAUUACAUCUGUAUCCAUCCUAAAAUCAGCCUUGGACCACUUCUGCACCAUGUCAGGACUCUCCAUCAACUUGUCCAAAAGCUCAAUAUUCCUCUCAGGGGUAGACCCCUCUACUGAAGCAACUAUUUCAAACCUACUAGGAAUUAAUAAAGGUUAUCUCCCUAUUAGACACUUGGGGGUUCCUCUAAUCUCAACUUGUUUAAGGGCAGCUGACUGUAGGCCUCUAAUUGAAAGGAUCACCCACAUGAUAACUCAUUGGACCUCAAGGUCACUAUCCUAUGCAUGUAGGCUACAAUUGAUUAAAUCUGUCCUAGUCUCCACCCAAGUCUACUGGUCAAGUAUAUUCAUCCUUCCUAAAGGGGUUUUUGAUGAGAUCAAUAGAAUACUCAUGGCAUUCCUUUGGUCUGGCAUUGAAAUGAAGUCCACAAAUGCCAAGAUUGCUUGGAUGGAUAUUUGUAAACCUAAGGAGGCAGGAGGUUUGGGUAUCCCUAACUUGGUUAUUUCAAACCAAGCUGCAAUUAUUAGAUAUAUAUGGGAUCUAACAGACAAUUCAGAUAGAGUUUGGAUUAAAUGGUGUAAGACUUACCUCAUCAAAGGCAAGAACUUGUGGGCUUUAGAAAUUCCUCAAUCCUGUUCCUGGAGUUGGAGGAAACUCCUUCAACAGAGGCACUAUGCAAGAAACUUCAUUAAACACCAAGUUGGAAAUGGCAUGUCUACUUGUUUCUGGUACGAUAAUUGGCUUCUUGCUGGACCAUUGAGCACUCGAUUCCCUUCCCAAAUCCUCACUGCAGCAGGUCUAGACCUUUCAACCACAGUAAGCCACUUCAUUUCUGGUGGAACUUGGAAUUUCCCUGCAUCAAUCUCUUCGGCAAUCCCAGAACUCCUUGUACUUGGAGCUCCAAAUAAUUCAGGGAAUGACAAAUUGAUUUGGGCAGCCUCACCAUCUGGAAGUUUCAGCCACAAGCAUACUGCAGCUCUCUUAUCACCUUCUUCUCCAUCGGUUUCAUGGUUCAACUUGGUUUGGAGAUCUCCAGCAAUCCCACGAAUGAAAUUCAUUAUGUGGCUAGCUAUUCAAGGUCGCCUCCCUACUUUGGAUAGAAGAUCAAUGGCCAGAUUUGACAAUUUACGAUUUUGCCCUGGGUUGAGUGAAUCAGUCGCGUUUAAGGGCAACGACUUCUUCACGGCCGAGUCAACUAAGCUCUCCACUAGCGUCCUCACUACCUCUCUCACCGGCAAGAUCGCCGGAUCUGUCUCACCGGUGCACAGCCACAGGGUGGUUGUGGAUGGUGGUGGUGGGUUGAAUUUGGUUAUAGGUGUGAUGGGUAUGUGUAUAAGAAAGGGGAUAAAGCCUAAUUUGGGGGUGGUUGGGCUCCUGGCAAUUAGGGUUUGGUUGGGUGAGGACAACGAUGAUGGGAUUGUAGGCAUCGCCGGGAGAGAGGAUGAAGACGCCGCCGCUGUUCUUCCUCCAGACGAGAGAGAUGAGUUGAGAUGGGCAAAAAUGAAACUUUUUAAUUUACAAUAUGCUGAAGUUCACUGGUUGCAGCUUGAUACGAUUCUGAGAAGAGCAAAAGAUGAAAAAUUUGUGUGCCGCAACUCUCCGUCUGCCGUCUUAGAUGAAAUUAAGGUCAUCAAAGACGCUGAACUAGCCGGAAAUGGCUCUUUUGGCAUUUUCAUCGACCGUCCCAUGAAUCGGAUUCUGGUUUCCACCGCUGACGUCCGGGAAUAUUCACCGAUGUCCUCCACCGCGGCUCAGAUCCUUGUUUGUCGCCACUUCACCUCCGACCUUGCCCACUAUUCUGUUGUCCGUGGUCGCCGUUCAGAGUUCAGUUCUGCUUUGUUAGACAGUGGAGACCAUCCGUCGAUUCUACGCAGAGAGAUGAGAGGAUUGAAAGAGAUAAAUGAGAGAACUCGGGGUGAGCCAAAGUUGAAGCUAGUGGUUUUAGAUUUUACAACGGCGUUUGAGCAGUUCGCUGUUCACAUGGGCAGGAAGACUGAUUGA